UCUCAGUCCUGUGGAGCAGCAGAGGGAAAUCUCUUUCACAGACUCUUCUCCUGGUUCAGAACGCUUCAACUGGGUCAAGCUUUGAAGGAGGAAAGGUUUUGGGACUGAGCUAACAUGGCAUCUCUGAAACAUGUGCUCUGUCUCUGUCUGUCUGCCUGGACCAUCACUGCUGCAGAAGACAACGUGCCCAAAGCAGAGAAGUUAAAAUGGGAUUCACUUGACUUUAAAACCAUCAUCAAAUGGACUACUGAAGAUUCUGACCACAAAUACACUGUGUCCUUCUCCAGCGAUGGCGAUGAUUGGAGGGAGAGUCAAGACUGCAUCAGGAUGUCAGACUCAGAAUGUGAUCUGACUGGAGACCUCGUUCCUUACGACAGGGCCUACACUGCUGAUAUACAGACUGAGCCUGAAAUUGUGAACUAUGAUGAGGACCUGGAGAACUAUCCUCACACUUACUCUGAUCCCUUCAACCCCUACAGAGAGAGUAACAUCAGUGCUGUGAACAUCACGGUGGAGGCUAUGGAUGAGAGCAGCGUCAUGGUCAACAUCACAGAUCCUCUGACCGGGAUCCACACACGUGGGAAGCAGCUCAGCAUCAGAGACGUCUUCAGAAAUGACCUCAAGUAUAAGAUCAGCUACUACAAGUCUGGAAGCACAGGCAAGAGAGACGUAAUAUCUGAUUCGAGUACGGCCGAGGUGUCCAAGCUGGAUGCAGGAGAGAGUUACUGCUUCAUGGCCGCAGCCUUCAUCCCCUCCCGACCCAAAAGGAGCCAGCAGGGAGCGUGGAGUCAGGAGUGGUGUAUACCUGGAGGCGGAAACAUCCUUCAUGAGCUGAACCUGGGCGUUUGGGUCGCUAUAAUCUUCAUCCUGCUCACAGUCUUCUUCAUCAUCGUCACGGUGACCGUCCUCUGCUGCAAAUGCUGCCGACAGAGAAACUCAACUCAAUUAUCGGCACCUGUUUAGUGUGUGUGUGUGUGUGUGUGUGUGUGUGUGUGUGUGUGUGUGUGUGUGUGUGUGUGUGUGUGUGUGUGUGUGUGUGUGUGUGUGUCUUUCAAACACAGGGAGCUGGUCUCUUCCCUCACCAGGAAAACAUUUA